UCGAAAUAAAUCUUUCAAUAUAAUAUAACGGUUUUAUAAAAUAACGGUUAUUAAAAAAUUUAAUGGAAAAGUAUGGGACAUUAUUCAGCAUCUCUUUCUUUAACCCUCCAUCGUAUCUCAUUUUCAUAAAAUGAAAAAGAAAAAGAACCCUUACUUAACGCAACCUUACUUCUAUUUCGCUAGUAGGUCGUAACCGUAAAGUCGUAACUAAAACUAAAACCAUCAAAUAUCAAAUCAAAUAAUCAAACUCAGUAACAGUAAACCGAAUUUGCAUCUCACUCUUCCUCGUGGGGUUAAAUUAUGUCGCUUUUUCUUUAAAUAAUGUUUAAAUAUUAAUUUACUUCGAUCCAGCUCCACCUCGACAAACGUUUGCUUGCGGUUGGCGAGAUGGAUUGAAAUCGUUGAAAGAUCGAGAUCGACAAUCGAAAAUAUCGACAUCGUUCCAUCGUUGCCUCUCUCGCUCUGUCCGUUGCGUUGUGUUUGUGUGUUGCAGUUGCAGUCAGUACGUUUAGUUCGAUAUGAUUCGAUCUUUUUAAUAUUUGUGAUUGAAUCUUUUAGUUCAGUUAUGAGAGUCGAUCUUUUGAACUAGUUCGUUCACGAACUACACAGCUCUAGAUGCUACCCCAACUUCUUCAACCGAUGCAAAUAUCAACUCUACGGCUUCUGAAACUGUUUCAGAAGAUCCAAUUAGCAGCACAUCAUCUGACAAUUUCGACCAAAAACCACCAAUAAUGAAUAAUAAAGUUGUAGGUGGUGAGAUAAUGAAGGUUCCAUCAUCUGACAAUGUUAAUGAGCUGUUAGAAAUGCCUGUGCCUAAUGAGAAAAUUACUGAAGAUGUUGAAGAUCUGGUUCAUGAUUUAGAAAGCCUCUUGGGAAAAACAUCACAAUCUUUUGAUGCACAAAUAAGACCUAAGACAGCCGAUGAUAGUAAAUCAUCAUCUGAUGAGGUUACAGAAAAAAUCAAAGAUGAUGAAGGCAUUAAAAAUAAUGAAAACAUUGAAAGUAAUUCAUCCCUGGAUAUAUCUAGUAAAGAGACUAUUGAAAAUAAAGAUGUGAAUAGUGAAGAAGGAUGUAAUCAACUUGAAAUAGAGAAUAAAACAACAGAAAUUAGUUCACAAUCUCCUACUUUUGCAAAGGAUGAAAUAGGAGUUGAAGAAAACCUUCCAAUUUGUGAUAAUAUGAAUACGACUGUUGAUCCUACUAUUGACAGUAAACAUAGUAAUGAAAGGGAACCAUUAGUUUCCGAAGAACUAUCAAUUGAUACUGAAAAUAAUUCUGCAGUAGAUAAUCCAUUAAUUACUAUUGAAGUGAAUAAGGACAUAAUUAGUGAUGCGAAAAGUAAUGAAAUAAAUGAAUUAACCAAUGAUGAUAGUACAAGCAGUUGGGAAAUUGUAGAUCUUAAUGAGGCAAUGGCAUUGGAGUCUUCAGUAAGUUCAACUCCAUCGGAUAAUAUUGAACAACCUGUAAACACAAUAGCUAAUUCUCAGAAUGUAUUAGAUGACAUAACAUCAAGUGGAGAUAAAGCAGGAACAUCUCUGUUAAGGAUGGAUACUGAAGAGAAUAGAGAAGCUGACUCUAUUCAAGUUGAGGCUACUGAUCAAGUAGAUAGAAAACUUGAUCUUAUUACGGAAAAUAUAGAAAAGCUUGAGGGGGCUAGUAAGGUGACUGGCAUAGGUCUAGUUAAUAAAGAUACAGAAAGUGAUAGCUCAAAAGUUAUAAUAAGUGAAGAUGAAGAUAAGUGUGUCAAUGAAGUAAAGGGGUUAGAUGUAACAUCUUGUGAAGCAGAAGCAGUUCCUUUUGAAAUUGAAGAAUCUGACAACGCUACUACUAGUGAAAAAACAAAAGAUGUUGAAUUACAAAUGGAAAUAUCAUCCAGUGAAGUUUCUGUCCAACAAGAAGAAACCCAACUACAGAACACUGAGGAUGAACCAUCUAAUCUAGAAGCAGUAGGUUCAAGUGAAAAUCCAAAAAACUUGGAAGACAUUGUUAAGCUGGAUAAAUCUGAUAACUUGGAAAUAUCUAAAGAAGACUUAUCUUGUAAUGCUGAAAAUUCAUUAACAGAUGACAUUGCCAUCUCCAAAGAAUCCGUAGAUGUAAAUCAUUUAGAUUCAGCAAUACCUGAAUUAACCCCAGAAAAUAUUCAACCUGAUGUUGAGGAUGGAGCAACAUCAGAAGUGAUUGUUGCCAAAGAAACUGAUGUAACUAGUCAUAUUGUAGAAAAUAUUGAAUCAGUUAGUGAAACAGAGGAACCUAAUGAAAAAUCGAAUUCAGAUAUAGUAGAAUCAGUUAGAGAAAGCAGUGAAAUUAAGGAAGUAACUGCUGAGGAUACCGAAUCUAAAAUAUACGAUAAUACUAGACAGGAGAAUGAAAAUAAAUCAGACAUUAAGUUAUAUGAAUCAAAAGGGUCUGAAAUAAUAUCCGUUGAGGAUUUACCAGAAUUAGAGAAUACAAUUGGAGACACAAAGCCCAUGGAUGUUGAACCUGAUGAAAAAAAUUUAAGUGAAAAUGAUCAGUCAGAGCAAGAGUCACACAGUCCUGAUCAAACCGAUUCUGAUAUAACUAAAGCUGUAGAGCAAACUCUAAAUAAUCCAGAAUUAGAGUCACCCCAAGCUACGAAAGAAGCUGGUUCUGAAUUACUUACACCUGAGGAGGAAAACACAAAGUCUAGAACAAAUGAAAAAGUUGAUGAAGAUGUUAAAAUUGAUACAAAUACUGGAGAAGAAGUUGUUAUGGAAACGGAACAAGUUAAUGUAAAUGAGAUACAAGAGAUUAAAACUAAGGAAGAAGAGACAGAUGACGUUGUAACAGAAAAAGUACACAUUCAAGCUGAUGUAGAAGGGGCAGGGGGAAGUUCUAAAGAAACAGAUAACAUUAAAGAAGACAUUAAAUCUGAUAUAAAAGAUAUAUGUGAGGCCGAAGAGAAAACAAAACAAGUUGAAUCUGAUUUAGAAGAGACAUUAGAGGGUAGAACUGAUUUAGUAGAACCGAAAGAAGUUUUGGUGGAAUUACAAGAGAUUAAAGAUGAUGCAGAAGUAACAGAUGAUAUGAAAACUGAUGAUGUGGAAAACGAUGAGUGUAAAACAUGUAUAAAAGAGACAGAUAUUAAUCUUGAUAUUCAACAGACAGAUCAAGUACAAAGUGACGUAGAGAUGACGGAGCUUGUUAAAACUGAUAUGGAGAAGAACAGGCAAGUUGAAAUCGGUGAAGGCAUGUCUAAAACUGAUGUGGAAGAAACAAAAGAUACCCAAAACAUUACUAAAACUGAUAAAGAUGAUUCAGAGCUUGAUCAAGAAACUUGCAAGGUGAUAGAAUAUAUUGAUGAAAAAGGAGUAGUUGAAACUGAAGAACCUGAAAUCACAGAUUCAGAGAAAGCUGCACCUAUUAAUGCUGAUCAAAUGGAUGUUGAAUUUGUGAAAGUUUCUACAGAAGAAUCGGAACAAAUUGAAACUGAUGAUGUAGUUGUGUUAGAACCACAAACUGAACAAAAACUAUCAGAUAAUGUUGAGGCACAAGCAAGUGAAGUAGAGGACGACACUAAGAGUGAUAUAGAUAUUUCAAGAUCACCGACACAUCAAGAUUUAUUGGAAAAAAAUGAAGAUAUAGAAAUGUCACAAGCAAGUGAGAUAGGUAUGGAUAAUCCUGAAGGAGAUAGUGCUCUUCCAAUACAGUCAGAAAAAGAAUUAAAUGAAAACAUUAGCGAUGAUGUAGAACAAAUACAAUCAAGUGGAGCAAUUAAAGAUUCAUCAGAAUCUGAUAAGGAUGAUUCUAGAUUACAAACUAAUGAAGAAUUAUCAGAAAAUAUUGGAGAUGUUCAAGAGUCACCAUCAAGUGAGGUAAUUAACGAUACAACUGAAGCUGAUAAAGAUACUUCCAUAUCACAUACUGAAGAAUUACCAGAAAAAAUUGAAAAAGUCAUGGAAGCCUCACCAUCAAGUGCAUUCAUUCAAGAUGCGACUGAAACUGACACAGAUAUUUCUAGAUCUCAAAAUGAAGGGGACUUGACAGAAACAAUAGAGGAUUUUGAAGAGUCACAAUCAAAGGAGGUGAUUAAUGAUACGACUGAAGCUGAUACAAAUGUUUCCAAAUCCCAAACUGAUGAAUUAUCAAACACAAAUGAAGAAGUCAUGGAAGGCUCGAUAUCAACUGCAUUAAUUCAAGAUGCGACUGAAGCUGAUAAAGAAACUGAGGAUCUUUCUAACUCAGAAAAAAUUGAUGAAGAAGAUGUGGAGAAAACACAAUCAAGUGUGAUAAUUAACGAUGAAAUUGAAAAAGUGGAAACUGUUCUAGAAGAUUCCCAACCACAUGAAGCCAUUGGGGAUACAACGGAAGAUGUUGCGACCAACGAAGUGUCAGAAAAAGUAGAAAGUGUUCUAGAAGAUUCCCAGCCAAAUGAAGUUAUUGGGGAUACAACGGAAGCUGUUUCUGUAUAUGAACCUGAAAAAGAACUAUCCAAGGAAAUAAAUAAUAUCAAGGAACCACCACAGUCAAGUGAAAUAACAAAGGAUGAUACUGAAUCAGUUGAAACUAGUCAAGAGAUAUCAUCCAUGCAAAUAGAUGAAGUUUUUGAUCCAGUUGAGGUAAUCCAAGAAGAGUCUGAAGCGUGUGUCGAAUUUGGGAAGAAUAUGGAUGAACCUAAUCUCGAAGCUAAUCAAGAUGAGGAAAAAAUGGAAGUAGAAUCAGAUGCCAAUUCAGUUUCCGAAAAUGUGUUAGAAGCUGAAGUAGAGCCAAAAGUUUCAGUAGAUGAGGAAAUUACAGUUUUGGAGUCAAAAUCAGACAUUUCCCAGGAAUCCGAAGCAGUUGAAUUUAGUCAGGUUUCAGAUAAAUCAAUUGGCGAUAAACAUGAAGCAGAAGUAUAUGCUACUGUUUCUGAACAAGUAAAUAAAACUACUUCUGAACCUGUUGAUAAAGCUAUUGUAGAAUCAAAUGAAACUUCUGAUCACACAACAGAUGUUUCACCCGAAAGUACAGAGGUUUCAGAUAAAUAUGAAGAUAGUUCUGAACACGUAAAUAAAGCUACUCCUGAUGAAUAUGUUGAUAAAACCAUUGUAGAAUCAAACGAAAAUUCUGAUCACACAACAGAUAUUUCACCCGAAAGUACAGAGGUUACCGAUAUAUCAGUUGUUGAUAAACAUGUAGAACCAACAGAUGCUGUGGCUUCCGAACAAGUAAAUGAAAGCGAUACUGAACCGGAUGAUAAUACAGAAUCAACAGAAGUUUUAGCUGCUAGCAGUAACAGUCCACCAUGUGGUAUUGAUAUAAUAAAUGUAAAAGCCAUUAAUAAAUCCAAUGAAGACUGUGAUGUCCUCCGAUCGCACGUUUUACCUGAAGGCACAGAUUUAAUACCAGUAAUCUCAGAAGACACGCCUACUGAAUCUGCAGCUGACUCUUGUCAGGAUCAUGAAAAACAUCACGAAAACAAAUAUGAUGAAGGUAUAGAUGAAACUAAAGAAACAGUGAACAGUAAAAUUGAAAAUAAACCAAAAACUGUUACAACUAGAAAAUCAUUAGCAGAAUUAGAAUUAGCACCUUUACAACUAUCUGAGGAUGAUGACUCAGAGGAAGAAACUGUGCCUAGGUUGGCACUUACACCUGAGGAAAGUGUUAUAAAUUCACCAGACACUGGAGAGGUUUUAGAAACACUGCCACAAAUGGAACAAAUGGUAGAGGAUGAUAAACAUAUGAUUAUUCAAACGGUAGCACCAGCUUUAGUAGAUACUCCGGAUAAUUUGGAGACUAUAUUAGCUGUUCAGAGCUUGCAGAACAUUGAUAUUCCAAAACAAGAUGAAAGUAAUAUAAGCGAAAAAGAGAGGAGAGAGAUGGAAGCGUUGGCAAUGGCUGUACAAAGUAUUACAGAACCUUCUAGUAACUCGUAUGUAGAUGAUUAUAUGACGCCCACUAUCGAAUCAGAAUGUUUAAUUCAGGGGGAUGUAAUUGAAACCCAAGAUCAAGAAAUUUCUAUGCUUGUAACAGAAAUGGAACCAGUACAGGAACCAAUCAUUGAUACAAAUUCUAUACAAGAAUCCACAUGUGAAGCAGAAAUUAAAGCUGUUGUUGACUCAGAAAAAGUAAAUGAAAUAGACACACAACCAAUGAUACAAGAUAAUGCAGUGAGUUCUGAACCAACUGAAAUUGAGACGUCAAACUCCACUCAACAAACUGAAGCCGCAAAUAUUGAACAAGAUGUUGUUGAAACAUCGCAUUCUGAUGUAUCUAUUGCUAAAUCGUCUGAUAUUGAACCUAAUAUUACGACUUCUAACAUUGAUGCAACAAAUGAUAUUGAUGAAGAUGUGAAAGAAGUAUCUACUUCUGAACAACUGGAAGUGGAUCCUGAAUCGUCAACUUCCAAUCAACAAUCCAAUGCAGUAACAUCUUUUGCCGACACAGAAUCAGAAGCAGUAAAAAAACCAGUUGAUAAUUUUGAAGAUUCUACUGAAGAACCUGACUUAGUGACAUCCGUUACUGAUGAAGUCAAAACAGUAGAAGCGGUAACAACAGUUGAUAGUGUUGAAGAUUCUGUGACAGAAGUAUCUGCUAUCCAAGAACCUGAAAUAGAUAGUGCUCCAGAUAAUACUAAUGUUACUAUAGAAGCUCAAGAAAGUCUUGUUAGUGAAGAUUCAACAACUCCAGAAGAUCCAAGCGCAAAUGAGUCAGAAGCUUCAACAAGUGAAAAAGUAGUAUGUGAAUCAGUACCGGAAACCAGCUUCAAAGAGGAAGAAGAAAAAUCAACAUCAGUAACAACUACUGACAAUAAAGUUGAAGAAUUUAGUGUUUCGGGCACUCAAGAACACUCCCAAAACGAAGUUCUUAAGCAUAAUAAAGAGAAACCUAAAAGUUCAGAGAAAUCUAAGAAACACCGAAAGUCAGAAAGGUCUGAUAAUUUUGAAGAGUUAACUAUAAAUGUUGAUGUAUCAGAGAAAGAAAAAACUUAUAGUCCGAAAGUUACUAUAAAACCCAUAAAAGUACCUGACGAGGAAGUUAGUACGACCACAUCUAUAACAGCCGAUUCUGAAAUAAGCAAAGGAAGCUUAAAGAUGACUAUCACAAAACAAUCUGAUAACACACAUUCCAUAUUGAAAAUUAGUGAUCAGGAACAUUCUGAGGCAGUCUUAGAGCCUGAAGAAGAACCUAUUCCAAAAUUAAUCAUCAAACCCAAAAUACAACAGGUUGAACAGCAACAUAGUCCUAAAAUGUCAACCAGAAGCUCCAAACAGUCACCGACUAGUUCCAAUCAAAGUGCAAUUAGUCCUAGAAUAACUAUAAAACCAGUGGUGAAACAACAAGAACCACCUGUUAGUCCUUUGAAAAUAAAAAUAAACACUAAGGCCAACACUAAGGUCACCGCAAAAGAUGAAGAAAGUGGUAGAAAAACGUCAAUAAAAUCAGCCGCGAAAUCUAAUGAAGAUGCUGAGCCACUUCAAAGCCCGAGGAUUACCAUUAAACCCAUUCCCAAACCAGAUUCGGAAAAAGAAACGAAUCCAAGGUUGACCAUAAAACCAAUUAAAAAGUCAGAAGAAGAUGUGGCAAAUGAGGAAAAAGAACGAACCAGUCCGAAAAUCACCAUAAAACCGAUCGUGAAACCACAAGAACUAGAAUCGGUUCCUUCACAAGAAGAAGAAGAAGUAAAAGAGAGAAUCGUCUUAAAAAUUAAUAAAGGGAAUCUUCCUCUGAGUCCAGCUAAGGACCCUAAAAAAAGGGAACAUCUUACCGAUGAAGAUAAAUCUGAAAGAUUGGCUAAGAUAACUGUCAAAUUUUCAAAAGAGGGUGGACACCAUAUCGUGCAUCAAGGUGAUGAUAAUCCAUUAAAAAGACCUCAAGAGGAGUUGCCUGUUCCUGAGAAAAAUAAGAAGCAGAAAGUUGAUACAGAUUCUGUUGUGUCAACUAGAUCCACUAGGAAUAAAGAAUACCAUGAAGGAGGUGAAAUCAAAUCAAAUUCAGCGACCGAGUCGAAGGUUUCACACCGAGAUCAAAGUCUCGAAUGUCCAAUAGAAGCUAAACGAUCUCGAAAAGAAAAUAUAAAUGAUAAGUUAAAACAAAAAGAAAAUGAUAAUGCAGAAAUUCAGAUCAUAGAAUCCAAAGUAGAUUCUCCUAUAACAAUUAGUGAGGAUUCGAGGUCCCAGGAUAGCGGUAGUGUAAUUUUAUUGGAUGAUGGCAAAGAUGAUUCAAUAUCUUCGAUAGAUGCAGGGAAAAACGUUAGUUUAAGAGGGAGUCUGUCAGUGGCGAAAUCGAAUACACCUUCACCUGUGCUUAGAAAAAGAGGAAGACCAAAGAGGUCGCUAAGUCCUGCAGGAGAUCAGCCAAAAGAGGUUGAACCGAUUGCAGAAAAAGAAGCAGCUACACAGAAGAAAAAAUUAGGAAGACCUCGCAAGACGAUUAGUCCCCCCAAAGAAAAAGAACCUGAGCCCGUUGCUGUCGAGCCUGCUACCGAAACAGACUCAGCUACUGCUUCGCCCGUGCCUAAGAAAAAGAUGGGAAGACCAAGGAAGGUACCUUUAGAACCCCGAGAGGAUUUUAAAAAUCCAGAAGAUUCGCCAAAACUCAAGGAGGCCGAGAAGCCCAUAGAGUCAGGAAGGCCGAAAAGAAGUUGCAGAGGAGGUCAGUCUAUAUGUGAUACACUUGGUAUUAAACCAAGGAAGUCGCGCGGUUCUGGAAGGGGAAGAGGCAGUAUGAGGGGCGCGGGAAACAGAUCACUAACAGAAAGGGACUCAUUUACGGGCACCCUAAAAGAAGAAGAGGUAUCUACUUCUGAUAAAGAUAAAAAUCCUAAAUCUACUGAAAAUCCCUCGGAUAAGGCUGGACCAUCGGACAAAUCUAAAUUAGGAAAAGCUGGUGGUUUUACGCCUACCCGUGAAGUGAUUGUUAUAUUAGACGAAGCUAUUCCAGAUAAAAAGUCAACGGUUAAGGAAACAGCGAAUAUAAUUAGAAAGUCUACUGAGAAGUCUGUACAGCCUGAUAUUAUAGCUAUUCCAGAUAAAAAGUCAAUGGUUAAGGAAACAGCGAAUAGAAUUAGGAAGUCUACUGAGAAGUCUGUAGAGCCUGAUAUUAUAGCUAUUCCAGAUAAAAAGUCAACGGUUAAGGAAACAGCGAAUAGAAUUAGAAAGUCUACUGAGAAGUCUGUAGAGCCUGAUAUAGCUAUUCCAGAUAAAAAGUCAACGGUUAAGGAAACAGCGAAUAGAAUUAGAAAGUCUACUGAGAAGUCUGUAGAGCCUGAUAUAGCUAUUCCAGAUAAAAAGUCAACAGUUAAGGAAACAGCGAAUAUAAUUAGAAAAUCCGCUGAGAAGUCUGUAGAGCCUGAUAUUAUAGCUAUUCCAGAUAAAAAGUCAACAGUUAAGGAAACAGCGAAUAUAAUUAGAAAGUCCGCUGAGAAGUCUGUAGAGCCUGAUAUUAUAGAAAUAGAAUCAGAAGAUUCGCAAUUAUCCGAAAAAGGAUCGGAGACAACUCAGAAUGUAAAAGAGAAUCAGGAAGAUCUUAAAGUUACGCCAGAAGAGCCAGUUCAGUUGAUGGAAGUUGAUUCUGUGGAAACAGAAACGAGCUUCGAAAAGAAAAUACCGUUACAUGAAGAGAAAAGUGAAACCGAUAUUAAAGGUUCCAGUACAGAAAAAGAUGAAGUAGAAACUGGAAAAUCUGUGUUAGAUGCUGAUGGGAAAAGUUCUCCGUCCAUAUUGGCGCCACCAGCAACACCAAAACUAUUUUCACAAUUAGGUACCUCAUUACCUAAAUCUUCCAAUCCGGAAAUAUCUUCAGUAAGUUGUAGCAGUACCAGCAUUCCCUCAGAAGUCAUGAUCGUCGAUGAAGAAACUAGAAUGAGCGCUGAAACUAAUAGCAGAGCUCAGACUCCAGCCAAGCAGGUUGUUACCUCAUCUGACAUAGUGGAAGAAUCGCAAAGUUCAGUUCACAGUACCGGAACAACAGAAAGUGGAAAAACCCCCUCUAGACCUAGUAAAGCACCUCGUUUGGAAGUACAAGAACCCGAUACCAAUGUGAUCACGGCUGAUCUCUUAUCCGAAUAUUAUUGGAAAGGAAAUGGGCCGUUUAUGCUGCAAGAACAAGUAGCUCAAUUCUUAGGUAUUAAGUCAUUCAAGAGAAAGUAUCCAGGAAUCAUGAGAAGAAUGCUGGAUAUGCAGGAGAGGGAUUAUAUACGAGAGCAAGGUCUUGCUUCAGAGAAUAUGUGCGACUUGGGCCUUACGGCUGUUAACGCAGCCGAUAUCUUGGACAUCAUGUAUACUGAUUUUCAAGAGAAAUAUGAAGAGUAUUGCAAACACCAAAGAGAUCGACAGGCCAAAGAGUUAAUAAAUAAACAAAAGGCGUUGAGUCUGGCAGCAGCGCAGGAUAAAUGUAAAGCUGAUAUUACAGAGCAGGCUGUACAUUCAGCUGCGCAGUGGAACGCCAGAUUUAACAAGACAAGGAAAGAGUCACGAAAGACUUGUAUGGAUUUACAAAAUCUCACUGUACAUUAUCCCAAAGGUAAAAUGGUACCAGCAAUACCUGCACCGCAUCCAGGCAACUAUCCAGUUGCUUUAGUUCCAGGACAAUUUGCAGAAUUUUAUCAGGAAUUUACGCCUACUGAACUAAACAACUUGCCGAUUAAUACAAUGGGUUAUAACGAAGUAACUUUCAUUCCCCGAGAAGAAUCAGACGAUUCCAGUUCGGACGGUUCAGAAUCGGAUUCAGAUUCUUCCGGAUCAUCUAGUUCUAGCUCAGACUCCGAUUCGUCUUCUGGUGUCGAAGAUUGCAAAUUGUGUAAACAUUCUCCAAAGAAGGUAACUCCUGCAACGACGACAGUUGUUCCUUCAGGGACUCCAGCGACACCUGUCAAAUGAUAUGGAAAAUUGGGGUUUGUACAAAGCAUUAAAAAAAUUUAGUAGGAAUAAAAGUAAUGGAACUAUCAUUGAUAGGAAAAUAACUAUCCAAAAUUAUGUUGAAUAUUUUAUUUUUAAAUAGAAAAAGACAAAAUUAAACUUGUGAUUAUCUUUGGUAUACACACACCCAAACUUAUAUGGAAUCAUCUGAUAUUUCUUAUUAUUUCGUGCGAAUUUGAAAAACAAAGACACGAAGUCAAUCAUAAUCUAUUUUAAAGCAAUAUAAUAACAAAUACGUAACAAUUAAAUAAAACAAUAAAGUAUUUAACAAACAAAUUGAAACCAGUUGUUUUAAAGUCAAUAGAAUAAAAAAUUUCAAUAUAAAACUAAUAAUGUUUAAAUUGUUAUAUACAGGGUGUCCCGAAAAGAAUGGUCAUAAAUUAUACCACAGAUUCUGGGGUCAAAAAUAGGUUGAUUGAACCUCACUUACCUAUAUACAAUAGUGCACACAAAAAGAGUUACAGCCCUUUGAAGUUACAAAAUGAAAAUCGAUUUUUUUUCAUAUAUCGAAAACUCCUAGAGGUUUUUUAUUGAUAAUAGACAUGAGGAAUUUUUAUCGCAGCAUCAUCUUAAAAAAAAUAAUAGUGAAAUUUUUGUGCACCCCAUAAAAAUUUUAUGGGGGUUUUGAUCCCUUAAACCCCCCAAACUUUUAUGUACGUUCCAAUUAAAUUAUUAUUGUGGCACCAUUAGUUAAACAAAAUAUUUUUAAAACUUUUUUGCCUCUUAGUACUUUUUUGAUAAGCCAGUGUUUAUCGAGAUAUUUUGAAUAUUUUUCGAAUCCACCACAUAUUUGUAUAUGGUUAAGUAUGAUUAUAGACACCUGUUAAUAAUCUGAAAAUUUAUUUAUAAGUUAAAUUUUUGGUAUAUUUUGAAAAAGAAGCCACAUCUCGAUAAAAGUUGACUCAUCAAAAAAAGACUAAGAGGCAAAAAAGUUUUAAAAACACUGUGUGUAACUGAUGGUACCACAAUAAUAGUUUAAUUGGAACGUACACAAACAUUUUGGGGGGUUUAAAGGAACAAAACCCCCAUAAAUUUUUUAUGUAAAUAUAGUAAAAAAGAAGCCGCAUCUCGAUAAAAACUGGCUUAUCGAAAAAAUACUAAGAGGCAAAAAAGUUUUAAAAACGUUGUGUUCAACUAAUGGUACCACAAUAAUGAAUUAAUUGGAACGUACACAAAAGUUUGGGGGGUUUAAGGGAACAAAAUCCCCAUAAAUUUUUUAUGGGGUGGACAAAUUUCACUAUAAUUUUGUUUUAAGGUGGUCCUGCCAUAAGAAUGAUACAUGUCCGUUUUCAAUAAAAAAUCUCUGAGAGUUUUCGAUAUAUUGAAAAAAAUCGAUUUUCAUUUUGUAACUUCAAAGAGCUGUAACUUUUUUUAUGAGCACAUUUGUACUAAGGUAAGUUAGGUUCAACCGAACUAUUUUUGACCCCAGAAUGUGUGGUAUAAUUUAUGACCAUUCUUUUCGGGACACCCUGUAUAUUAAAUUGUUUAAUUUUUUUAAUUUUUUUUUUGUAGUCAGUGUUAUUACCUCUAGUCAUAUGCAAGCUUUAGUUUACGUUGGCACGCUCCUAAUCAAAUUUCAACAUUUUGUUGUGGUAGGUUGCUCCAUUCUUCAAGAGCAGCUUAUACUAGCCGUGCGGUGUUUUGUGGAUUAUCCCGGCGAGCUCUAAUUUUUAUUUUAAGCAUAUCCCACAAAUACUCUAUAGGGAUAAGCUCAGGUGAGCAAGCAGUCCACUCCAAACAGGGGAUACCUUCUGCUUCAAUGAUGUCUCUAGUCACUCUAAUGGUAUGUGGAGGUCCAUUAUCAUGCAUAAAAAUUAAAUUUUCUCCUGUUGCAUCUCUCCAGAGCCUAACUACAGG